CGAAGACCACCCAAUUGGCAGUCAUGAUCUGCACAUUCUGGUGCUGUAGAGUUGUAGUCCACUCGCACUGCUCAGGGUCGGCUGCAACUUGACGCCCGGUAAAGCGUCCGUAGGCAGGUGCAACGCAUGGUGAAGUCCGUGUAGAAUUUGGAGAGGGGAGGGGCAACCGUGUGCGAAUUAUGGUAAUGGCUCCACCUGCUGCUUCUUCCAGCUUCGGCCACGUCUCGUACUUGGCCACAUCCGUUGCAACGAUGGAGAUCGACUGGUCCGCGGGCGCGAGUUGUCGUAUCUCAGCCAGAGCGGUGGAGGCCCAAGAAGCCGUACCAGUGGCUAGCUCGAGGACAGUCUUGAUUCGGCCCGCUUUGACGGCCUCCUUUACCCUAGGAGAGAGGGCGCCGCCCAGUACAUGGACAAAGAUCUGGUGCUGGAGGUCGAGCCGAGCACUCUCGGGCUCGCUGUAGCCCUGUGUAGCGUGGGGCCAGGUAUAUUCGGCGGGAGAGGUCAGCUGGCACGCAA